AUGCAGCACUAUGGAGUGAACGGUUACUCCCUUCAUGCCAUGAACUCACUGAGCGCCAUGUACAACCUGCAUCAGCAGGCAGCUCAGCAAGCCCAACACGCCCCCGAUUACAGACCCUCAGUGCACGCCCUCACUCUGGCAGAGAGACUGGCCGGCUGUACAUUUCAAGACAUCAUUUUGGAGGCACGUUAUGGAUCCCAGCAUCGCAAACAAAGGCGAAGUCGCACGGCUUUCACAGCCCAACAGCUGGAGGCCCUGGAGAAGACCUUCCAGAAGACUCAUUAUCCAGAUGUGGUGAUGAGAGAGCGGCUGGCUAUGUGCACAAAUCUACCUGAAGCCAGAGUACAGGUUUGGUUCAAGAAUCGGAGGGCCAAAUUCCGGAAGAAGCAGCGCAGCCUGCAGAAGGAGCAGCUGCAGAAGCAAAAGGACUGUGAAGGGAGCCACAGCGAAGGAAAGACAGAGGCACCUGUACUGGAGACCCAGGCCACCACCCCAGAGGCCGAAAAGGCCCAGAACCUCCCAAGUGAGGUAAGCGUGGAGCUCAACCUAACCCUUUCAGAGCAGUCGGCCAGCGAAUCAGCACCUGAGGACCAGACAGACAGAGAGGAGGAGUUCAAGACCACCUUGGAAGAGGCUAAAGCAGACAAGAGUCCUGGUGUGGAUGGCAAGGCUUUGAACUGCAAGAGAGCAAGCCCAAAAGCAGAGUCUCCUCUCAGUGCAACUGUGACGCCUUCAUCCAGCAGCAGCCUGGCUCAGACCCACUCCUACUCCUCUUCGCCUCUGAGCCUCUUCCGCCUGCAGGAGCAAUUUCGCCAGCACAUGGCGGCAACCAACAACUUGGUGCAUUACUCCUCCUUUGAAAUGGGGACACCGUCUGCCAUGCCCUACUUGGGCAUGAAUGUCAACAUGGCGCCGCUGAGCUCUCUGCACUGUCAGUCUUACUACCAGUCACUCUCCCACGCUCAGCAGGUCUGGUCCUCACCCAUCCUGCAGGCCUCCAACUCCCUUCCAAGCCUGAACAGUAAAACGACAAGUAUUGAGAACCUCAGGCUCCGGGCAAAGCAGCACGCAGCUUCCCUUGGGCUUGACACUCUACCCAACUGA